AUGACAACCCCACUCUAUGAUUGCCUGAUAGUCGGCGGUGGUCCCGCGGGAUUAGCCGCCGCGCUGGGUCUCUGCCGUGCGGUCCGUACUGCUAUAGUUUUCGACUCCAGGAGCUAUCGCAAUUCUCUGACUGAACACAUGCAUAAUGUGUCCACCUGGGACCAUGCCAAACAGCAAGACUACCGAACGGCAGCCCGGCGUGAGCUGACCGAAGGCCGCUAUAAUACGGUGACACUGGCCGAUGUCGCGCUACAAAAGGUGCACAAGUUGGACUCAGGCGAAUUCGAGGCGACCGACGUGGGGGGGAAGACUUGGAGGGGCAAAAAGCUCGUCCUGGCCACUGGGGUUAAGGAUGAAAUUCCCGCUGUGCUGGGUUAUGCGGACUGCUGGCCCAAAUCCAUCUACCACUGCCUGUUCUGUCAUGGAUUCGAGGAAAAAGGGAGUCCUUCGGUGGGCGUCCUCGCGCUCGGACCAACCGCCAACCCCAAACCCGCCGAGCAUCUCGCUCGGCUCGCUCACAAUCUGGCUAAAAGUAUAAUAAUCUACACUAACAGCAAUGAAGUGCUAGCUGAGCAGCUGCAGCCAGCCAUUAAGAAAGACCAGUGGCUGCACCUUGACACACAGCGCAUUAAGCAACUGCAUAAGACAGACAGGGUUCCAGUCAAGGUGGAAUUACAAGACAGAACAGAAAAAACAGAGGGAUUUCUCGUUCACGUAAUGAAGACCACCCCUAUCCUGGACUUUGAGAAUAACCUGGAACUUAAGCUCUUACCUUAG